AUGGACGGAGUCAGAGAAGUCAACGUCUUCAUGGCAAAAGUCGCCCAGGAAUGCGGUAAGUAUGAAGACUGCAUCAGAUAUAUGAGAGAUGUUAUUAAUCAAGGCCGUCCACUUUCAUUCAAUGAAAGAAACUUAUUGAGCUCAGCAUACAAAGGAAUUGUCAGUCCUCUUCGUGAUUCAAUUCGUCUCUUACAAGAUGAUGCACACGGAUUUGACGUAGAUUUAUCAAUUCUCGAAUGUUCAGAAGCACUUUCUCAAAAGUGCGAUGAAGUAAUCUCACUUAUUCAAAAUACACUCCUUCCAUCUGUUACAGAACCAGAAGUUCGCGUAUUUUAUAUUAAAUUGACAGCAGAUUAUUAUCGUUACAAAUGGGAGGCAACUCCAAACUCUGGUAGACCAGACGUUGCAGCUAAAUGCAAGGCAUCAUACCAGGAAGCUGCCGCUCUUGCUGAUACAUCAUUACCAACUUACCAUCCACUUAGAUUAGGUCUUGCCCUCAACUUUGCUGUUUUUAUUUACGAAAUUCUCGGCGAGACAGCAGAAGCUCAUGAACUUGCUUCACGCGCCUAUCAGGAAGCCGGAAGCGGAAUCAAUCAGUUAUCUCAGGAAUCAAAGGAAGAAGCUACUCAUACACUUGAACUUCUUAACGAGAACAUCCAUCUCUGGUCUCAAUAA